ACCUUGAGCGGACAUGAUGCGACGUAAGGAGACCAAGGUCUUGUUGACGCUCGAAGAAGUGCGCGAGGCCUUCGAGCAGCAGACGCCACUGGCAGUGAAGGACGCACUGGGCGUCAUCCAUGAGGCGCAGUUUCUCAUGAACCUGGAGCAGAACGUUGUGGACGUGCCGCUACGAACUUCAACUUAUGUAUUUGGAGAUAUCCACGGCCAGUUCUACGACCUAAUGCAGUUGAUGGACGCCGUUGGCAUUGCCGACUUGGCAGAGCGUGAUGUCCAGCUAGUGUUUAUGGGCGACUACGUGGACCGAGGGGCCUUCUCGUGCGAAGUCAUGCUGUAUCUACUACUGCUCAAGAUUCGGUUUUCUGACAAAGUGGUGUUGCUUCGUGGCAAUCACGAGUGUGAAUCGAUCUCAUCCUUCUACGGAUUUCGCAAUGAAUGUCGAGUGAAAUACGGCAUCUCGGCGUACUACCACUUUUUGUCCUGUUUCCAGUCGAUGCCAGUGGCUGCCACGCUGUCCACGUCACGUGGAAAAGUUUUUUGUGUGCACGGUGGAUUGUCACCUGAGUUGAAAACGAUCGAGGACAUUCAAAUGAUGGAUCGACGUCGAGAAAUUCCUACCACUGGACUGUUGUGCGAUCUCCUAUGGUCGGACCCAAAGACUCCACAUAGUCGCGAAAUGGCCACAGAAGUGGACACUCAACCAGUAUGGGAAUCCAAUCAGGCCCGUGGAUGUUCGUACUACUUCAAUGCUGCGGCAGUAUUCGAGUUUUUGACCAACAACAAGCUGCUGUCGAUGCUUCGCGCACAUGAAUAUGAGGAUGAAGGUUUCACUUUCCACUUCAACUCGGAGGAAUACCAAAAGUUGGAUACGCGAGAGGACAAGUCCAUGCCUCCACUCCUCACCGUCUUUUCGGCGCCAAACUACUGCGAUAGCUAUGGAAAUACGGCCGCGUAUUUGCUCUUCCGAAAUGAACCUUUUUCGUGGGAAAUCCAGCAGAUUAAGUCGGCGGGGCAUCCAGCUCCACCGAUUGCGAGUGCAGAGCGAGGAUCCGACAUGUGGCGAUUAUUCAACCAAACUUUGCCAUUCCUUCCAGCAAGCAAGGAGUUUUUCGAAGAAGUUUUGUGGCUAGCAGAAGGGCAUAGAGCUCAAAUGCGAGUUGCCUGUGAGCUGAAUUCUAUUGAUCACAACGAGGUUGACGCUAGCGCUACAGUAGUCGAAGAGGAGCACGAGGAUCCAGCAGAACGACGACGACGUCUGACAAGUGAAAUGCACCCACAAGCUAUCCGAAAGGUAUUAGAUGAUGAAGUGAACAAGUGGGAACUGGUAGAAGAAGCGUCAGCCCACAGUUCAGGCCAAGCAUCUCCUCGAAUCCACCGCAGACCAUCCUUAGGUAACAUGGAUGAACACCAAAUUGAUGAGCGUCCGAAUUUGCUUACUCCACAAGAACUGGACACGAUCAAGCUCAUGUUCUCGUUGAUGGACACGGAUGGCAGCUUGGAGUUGAGCUCGACUAAGGUGUCAAAGUUCAUUCUCAAUAUUCUGGGUGAAAAAAUUAGCUCUGCAGACGCUGACGCCUAUUUGGAUGCUUUGGAUUAUGACCGCAAUGGUGUGGUGGAUUUUGCCGAUAUUCUCUCGUGGGUUGCAGUGAUGAAGGCGAAUCACAACAAACACGAAUCCAGCAGUAUUCUGAGUUGGUCGACAGUGCAAAGCGGUGUUCGCACAUUGACUCGUCAAGUCAUUUCCGGCAAGCUCCUGUUAUGGCUCGCAUUUGCCUGCUUACUACGGGAUAUUAUCGUCCCGAAGCAGCGAAAAGUGAUCAAGUCGUCGUCUAUCCGAGUGCUCGGCUCAGCUUCUCUAGUGUUGUACAUGAUGGGCCUCUUAUCCGGGCGAGAGCGUGAGUGGCUGCGGCUUUCACCUCUGCAACGUGCACUUGGAGCUAUGAUGCAACGAUUCGUAUCCAAGUAAUCAGAGAUCGAAAAAAAUAAUAAUAACGAGAAUAAAAACUAGCUA